GGUUUUCAUUGUUCAUAGUAUAGAUCAUGGCGAAGAGGCCGGCUUCGAGCGACGAUGAGGGCGCAUCUCAGGCAACGCCCCCUUCUACGUCGAAGAAGGCGCGUCUCGCGAACGGCGAGGCGAACGGUAGAGCCCCUCAACGCGCUUCAAGGAGCCGCGCACAGCAGGCAGGCUACGAAGACGAUGAUGAUGGAGAGGGCGAUGAUGACGAGGAAGAGGACAACAAUAACGAUGAAGAAAAUCAAGAUGAAGACGACGCCAAGUUCGAGGAGGCGCACGUGGAGAAGAUCCGUCAACAAGUGCAAGAGCGCACGCGCCACACAGGCUCGGUCGCGGAGAGCGGGAUCAUCGAGUCGAUCGAGAUGCACCAGUUCAUGUGUCACAAGUUCCUCACUUUCACAUUCGGUCCUCAGAUCAACUUUAUCAUCGGACAUAAUGGCAGUGGAAAGAGUGCCGUGUUGACUGCUAUCACCGUUGCCCUGGGCGGUAAAGCCACUACCACAGGUCGCGGAUCCGGCCUCAAAUCAUUCAUUCGCGAAGGCCAAAACGCAGCGGAGGUGACCAUCGUCCUCAAGAACCGCGGCGACGAAGCCUAUCGGCCCGACGUCUACGGUAAAUCGAUCGCCAUCACGCGCAAGUUCGACAAGAACGGCACGUCGCAAUGGAAGAUCAGGAGCGCGAGCGGAAAGAUCAUCUCGACCAAGCGCGAGGAGCUGAGCGCGAUUUGCGACCAUAUGAACAUUCAGGUGGACAACCCCAUGAACGUGCUGACCCAAGAUGCUGCCAGGGCCUUCUUGAGCGCGUCCACUGCCAGCGACAAGUACAAGUUCUUCCUCCGCGGCACACAGCUUUCGCAGCUCUCGGACGAAUACACUCUAUGCUUGGAGAACAUCACUCAAACUCAGCGCAUCCUCGACAAGAAGAAGGAUAUCAUCCCCGAGCUACGGGACCGAUUCAAGCGCGCCAGAGAACGCUUCCAGGAGGCGAACAAAGCACUCGAUAUGCGCAACAAGGUGGACGAUUUGAAGCGCGAGCUCGCAUGGAGCCAUGUGAAGGGCAAAGAGAGGGAAUUGGAGGCGAAGAUCGGGGAGGUCGCGCGAUUGGAGGCCAAGUUGCCGUCGCUCGACAAGAAGCUGGCCGACGCCAAGGAGAAACUGGCGAUAUGCGAGCAAGAGCUUAUGGCCGCCGAAGCCGAGCGUGACCAGCUCGGCGACAUCGAGCACCUGCACGCGAAGAAACGCGAGCUGCAGGCGAAGCUCAACACGAACAAGCAGGAACUUGCGGAGGCGAUCCUGUCCGGGAAGCAGCUCAACGCAACCUUCAAGCAGAUCAACAAGAUCAUCGCCGACACGGCGCAGCAGAUCGAGGAGGAGACGCGCAAGAUGGAGAAGAACACGCAGGAGAAGCGAGACGAGGUCCGUCGCCGGCUCGAGGCCGCCGACGUCGCGCUCCGCGCCGCGGAGGACCACCUGCACGCGCUCAACGUCCAGAUGCAAGAGAAGAGGCAGGAGGCGGAUCGCAUUCGGGCGGAAGGGAGGACGGCUCAGGACGAGAAGAACGCAGUGCAGGCGCAGAUAGAGGGCUUCGACGAGCAGAUUGCGCGCGCGAAGGAAGCGCAGAUGAACGCGCUCGCGCCGUACGGCCGCAACUUGAACGCCGUGUUGGAACGCAUCAAGAAUAUGCGCUGGCACGGCAAUGUGCCCGUGGGCCCGUUCGGCGCGUACGUGAAGGUGAAGGAUCCGGAGAAGUGGGCGGGGCUCAUGCGAGUGCAGCUGGGCAACCUCAUGUUCCGGUUCGCGGUCACCGACCCCCGCGAUCGUCCCGCGUUGCAGAAGAUACUUAAGGACAGUAACAACACUCACAUCGAGAUCAUCAUUGCAGAGUAUGAUCUCUUCGAUUACUCUGCGGGUGAGCCUGCACCAGGUCUGCCAACUGUUCUCCGUCAGCUAGAGGUCUCCGACCCUUAUGUUUUGCGUGUCCUGAUCAAUGCUGCUCAGAUCGAACGCACGUUCAUCACAGAGAAACGUGGAGAGGCAGACUCGCUCCUGAGGAGUGUGAACGGCGGAGGCCAAGCGUGGUCCGCCGACGGCUUCCGUGUCGUCAAAUAUCCCGACGGAGGUGGAGCUUCCCAACCGCUCAACGCGUUGGGUCCCAAGGACAACAGGCAUCAACUGUUCACCGGGAGGGACCCAGGGGAACAGCUUAGGUAUCUCCAGAACAAGCGCGAGGAAUGCGAACCGAAGUGGAAGGAAGCCGUCAAUAAAGAACGAGACCUCCUGCGGCGGUACCAGGAAACCCAGGAGAUCAUCAGGUCACUCGAAGGCGAUGCCCGUAAGGCUUCCAGCGACAAAACCCAUGCAAAGCUCGCACGCGAUAACAUCCGGAAUGAGGCGAACCAAGAUGUUCCGGCCAACAUAUCUGGCCUUGAGGAAUAUAAAGCGGAGCAAGAGGAGGAGAAAGCCAAGUUGUCAAGGGAGUUUGAAGAGAUCGAGAAGGCCAAAAAAUCGCUCAACGAACAACAAAUACCUCUUCUUCAUGAGCAGAACAAAAUCAAAGCACAGAUCGCGGACUUUGACGAGAAGAACAAAGUCAUCAUGGAAAGAGCGGAGAGAGCCGGCCUCGCGCGCAUCCAGACACAGGCUGACGUGAAGCACUACGAGACGAAGAAGGCUGAACUGCAAGAAGAAAUUGCGCAGGCACAGGCCGAAGCCGACGAGACUGAAAAUACGUUCAAAGAAUGGACCGCCAAGGCCGAAAAAUACUGUGAGCGUGUUGAGAGGCCCAGGAAGACCGCCGACGUGCAACGUCAGCUUGAUAGCGUGCAGGCGGCUCUAAAGGAACGUGAAGAGAGACAAGGCGCAACUGUGGAACAAGUGGUGACGGAAGUCAACACAGCUAAAGCGACCCUUGAGAGUGUCGAGACCGAGUUUAGGCAGAUGGUCGCCUUGAACAAGGCUCUCAGAAACUCGCUUCAUGUCCGCGUGGAGCGCUGGGGAGAAUUCCGCCGCCACAUCGCCCUUCGGACCAAGGUUAUCUUCCAGUAUCAUCUCUCCCAGCGAGGCUACUUCGGAAAGGUUCUCUUCGACCACUUUAGAGAGACGCUAACCUUGAAGGUCCAAACGGAGGACCUGGUCGGUGUCGGAGCGACGCAGAGUAAGGAGAAGGAUCCUAGGUCGCUUAGUGGAGGCGAAAAGUCCUUUUCAACGAUCUGCCUGCUACUGGCGCUUUGGGAAGCAAUCGGAUGCCCCAUUCGGUGCCUCGACGAGUUCGACGUCUUCAUGGAUGCCGUCAACAGACGUAUUAGCAUGAAGAUGAUGAUCGAGGUCGCAAACACCUCAGAUCGAAAGCAGUAUGUUCUCAUCACGCCCCAGGACAUGACCAACAUACAUGCCGGCAAAACCGUCCGCAUUCAUCGCAUGACGGAUCCUGAGAGAGGCCAAGCUCAGCUGAAUUUCGGCAACGCGUAAUCGUGAACACCCAUGGCCAUGACACCUCUAUGUUAUUACAUU